GUGUUGAUGGAACAAUACCGGCAGAGAUGUUUCUAGAACAGACCUUGGUGAUGUUCCCUGCUAAUUGUGCUUGCAGGAAUAGACACUAAUUGAAGAAUGAUGCUUGUGUCAGACACUGAAGAAGCAACAAGUCUUGCUGUAAUCUGUGGUGGGGACGGCAUUACAAGCUGGCAGGUUUUGGUGGAUGGUCUCCCUGGUUUGGUGACAAUGACUCAGUGAGCAGAGCUUUUCUGAUGGCUGUGGCUGGUUGGUUUUGUUUUCCCUUGGGGACAAGUGAGAAAAGUCACCUGUGCUGCAAUGGAAACGGCCCUCGUGAUACUGAUGCAUCCCCACAGGAGUCUGUGCUCAUCAAAGGCUUUGAGACUUGCUCCAGCUCCUCAGCAGCUGCCAUUUUACAUUUUAGUGUUCUCCAGCAGGACUUUGAAACAAGGUUAAAGUGGUGAAUGAGCCACCAUGUCAUCAGAUCAGGAAUCCAUUUUCUCUGAGUAUGAGACUGAAACCAGCCAGACAUCAAAGCUGUUAAGGAAAUUUAAAGAGACACCAUUUGUACCAAUUGGGAUGGCUGGCUUUGCCAUGGUGGUUGGCUAUGGAUUGUACAGACUGAAGCACAGAGGCAACAUGAAGAUGUCACUUCACCUGAUUCACAUGCGUGUGGCAGCCCAGGGCUUCGUCGUGGGAGCGAUAACGUGCGGUGUGCUGUACUCCAUGUUUCGGGACUACAUGUGGAAGCCCAAGGAGUAAUGGAAAGACGUCUGAAACCUGUGUCCUAGUGGUGACCUGUGUACUGCAGCUACAAACCUCAUAUGGAGGGGUUCUUGAAGGGGGGGAAAGAAUAAGAGAGAGUUGUCCUACAUUUAUUGUUUUGUAUGCUACGCUGUCUUGAAGCUGUCAGCCUGUGCAUUGGGGAGCGAGCAUCAGGGCCUGUUUCUUUUCUGAUUGGCGCUACCAUAUCCCAGUUUUUAGGGGAUAUAGUAGAGUACAAUCCCUUUAUUUUCCCCUUUGAUUGUAAAUUAAGUCCUAAAAUUGAUGACUCGUGCUUUUUUGCUACCCUUGUCCAAGACCACAAAGCCUGAACUAGCUUCUGCUGGGGCUCGGGCAGAACGUGGAGGCCGUGUCUGUGUGAUAGUGUUGUGAACGCUCUGCUGCCUUUUUCUGUCCUAUAUGUUUGUCAGCCUCCAGCUUUGUAAUUUAGACGCUUCCCGUAGCACUAAAUAACUUCUAAACUAUUGGGAGAGAUAUCAACAUCUAUAUUUUAUUUAAGGCAUAAGUAUUUGGUAUGUUGCAGCUAUUGAAAUGUUAUAUUUAUUGACUGUUAACGAAGACACAGGCUCCCUAUUUUUAAUACAGAUUUUCACACUUGAAUUACUAUUUUUUGUAACUUUAUUUACAGUGUUCUUCUAAAUAACACUUAAAUGUAACAUUUAAGCUACAUACUGCAAACAAAUAAACCUUGAUUUGGUGUUCUGA